UUUUACUUUUAUUUUCAGUUUUGUCGUUUGUGAGGAAGCUGGAUUUUUACGUGUCUCUCUGUACUAUGGAUUUUUUUCUUUCUCCCAUUUACUACUUCUAGAUGACUUGCCGGGGGAAUCUGUUGCAACUCUACUUAAGGGAUCAGUCUAAACUUCUCAGUACACAAUACUUUCACCAGCCUCUAAACCAGCUUAAUCCAGCAGUGCCCAUCUGGAUUCAGACAUGGAGAUCCAGAACAGUAGUUGGGAGUAAGAGUCUUGGUGUUCCACCCCUGUGUUACCCACUGGAAGAGCAUUGUAACCCUCGUAGCCCUUUUCCUUGGCUAUGUCAAGUAAGAGAAUUAGCAAACGAGGGAGGGCGGCCUCAGGGAAUGUGCAGCUUGAGAGGAAGACCCAGAAGGCCAAGAUGGUUCUGUUGGGAAGCAGUGGAGUUGGGAAGUCCAGCCUGGCUCUUCGCUUCACUAGGGAUGAGUUCAAGAGCACCGUACCCACCGUGGGAUGUGCCUACCUGACCCAGAUGGUGUGUUUACAUGAGAGCACCUUGAGGUUUGAGAUAUGGGACACCGCUGGUCAGGAGAAGUACCACAGUGUCACCCCGCUGUACUACCGGGGGGCAAACACAGCCCUCGUGGUGUACGACAUCACCAACAGGGACACUUUUGUCCGAGCUCAGUGCUGGUUGCAGGAGUUGGAGAGACAGUAUAUUGCAGGAGAGACAGUGGUUGCCCUGGUGGGGAAUAAAGCAGAUCUCUCAGAUUUACGCCAGGUGGAGCAGCAGGUAUGUUUGUGCCAACCUCCAGUACCUGCUGCAUGCUUCUUUGAGUACUUCUGA